UUUCUUCAAUUUCAACUUCAAUUCUUCGGUUUUGAAAGAGGUAGCGGCAAUUACUAGAGAGAGAAAGAGACAAGAAAAAGAGAUUGGACAUGAGAAGAUAACAAGCUCAGCUGACAAAUUUUGAAACUUUUCAAUUGCAGUUUGAAUUUGAGAAGAAGGGUAGGUGUCAAUGGAUUGGGUUUGCUGACCUAAUUUUUUUGCAGUUGCUUUGGUUUCAUCUCCAACACUACUUGAAGAGGAUGUUGUCGAGAACGGAGGCUGGGAAGAAGAGUGGUGGGGGUUCUAAUGCCCCGAAGAAGUUGUUAAAGGAUUUUGAAACCAUGAACAAAGCUUUGUACUUGGAUAAAGGGUCUGCAAGGAGUUCAAUACCUGGUGCAAAUUCACGAUCUAAAUUCACUGGGAAAUCUCAGUUACCUGAUCCCAAAUCUAAGUCUAAAACCAGUGUUAAUAAUAACAAUGAUGAUGGUGUUCAAAAGGAUAAGAAGUCCAUUUGGAAUUGGAGGCCUCUAAGAGCCCUUUCCCACAUCCGAAACAAGAGGUUUAAUUGUAGUUUUUAUCUGCAAGUUCACCUGAUUGAAGGGUUGCCUCCAAGUUUUGAUAAUGCCAGUCUUGCUGUGUACUGGAAAAGGCGUGAUGGGGUUCUUGUGACUGGUCCUGCCAAGGUGAUUCAGUCUGUGGCUGAAUUUGAAGAGAAGUUGACCUACACUUGCUCAGUGUAUGGCAGCAGGAGUGGACCUCACCAUUCUGCAAAGUAUGAAGCAAAGCAUUUUUUGCUCUAUGCUUCGCUUCUGAGUGCCCAGGAGAUGGAUUUGGGAAAGCACCGGGUGGAUCUGACAAGGUUGCUUCCUCUCACUCUGGAGGAGCUCGAGGAGGAGAAGAGCUCGGGGAAGUGGACUACUAGUUUUCGAUUAUCGGGAGUGGCUAAGGGUGCUGUGAUGAAUGUCAGUUUUGGCUACACGGUUGUUGGUGAUAAUGCUAGUACUACCAGAGACAGCCAUAAUGCUUCUAACGUAUUGAGUUCCAGGCAGAAUAGUUUUGCUCUGAUGAAACAAGAUGUUAAACCCCGACAGUUUGAUGCAAGCAGCAGGAUGAGGCGAACCACGAGUUUGCAGUUAUCACCUCGAGCUUCAGAUGAGGUAAAGGAUCUUCAUGAGGUGUUGCCAUUGACUGGGUCUGGACUAGCCAGCUCAAUAGACAUCUUAUAUAAGAAAUUUGAUGAAGAAAAGGCUAGUUCUAUGCUUAGCGAAGCAGAACUUGAUUCGUUCUCCGAAAAUCUUGGGUCAAUCAAGCCAGAUGCAUAUGCUUCUGAUUUUGGAAAAGAAACAUUUGACGAGCAUGUGAGUAAGGCUGAAGAUAAACGUCCAGUGCAUGAGGAACCUGAAGAACCUGAACUUUCAGUGUUUCAAGAAAAGCUGGAGAUAUUUAAACCAGACUACAAUCCUUUACCUGAUUCCGCAAAUGAAAACCCUGAACAGUUUCAAGGUAAUGAUUUUUUUGUUGUUGAUAAGGGAAUAGAACUGUCAUCAAAUGAACCUGUUAUAAGAGAGGAAUUCAUUGGGAAGGCUCCUGAGGAUGCUUCUACAGUUGAUAUUGCCUAUACCCUUGGCAUAUCAGGUAUACAAGAACCUUUUGAAGAGAGUGUUAAACAGGAUUUUCUGGAUGAGGUAAAUGAUAUUUCUAAGGACCAGGUAGUCGUAGAGGAAUUUGCUAGCAAAGAGGAUGGCUUUGACAGUGAUACUAACGAGCUGCUCCUGCAAGAACUAGAAUCUGCUUUAAAUAGUGUAUCAAAUUUGGAGAGAGUAGCACUAGAAUCUCCAGAAACAGCAGCAUUUAAAUCUGAACAUAAGAUGACAAAGUCUCAUAACUUGGAUGAUGUUACAGAAUCAGUUGCCAGUGAGUUUUUAAGCAUGUUAGACUUAGAACGUAGUCCCAUGGCCUUGAGUUCUGAAAGUGAGCCCGAAUCUCCAAGAGAGCUACUUUUAAGACAAUUUGAGAAGGAGGCUUUGGAUGGGGACUUUUCCUCUUUGUUUGAUUUUGAAAUGAACCAUGAUAAUGAAGCAGAUGGUGGCUAUGAUGGUUCCGCCGCAUCUGAGCAGUGGAACUUUUCUGAAGAUGUCAGGUCAUCAUCCCUUUUGCAAGACCUGCAGGAGGAGCAUCUAGCCGAGUCUCAGGAUGUGAGAAGCAAACAGAGGGCUCAGACACUAGAAGACUUGGAAACAGAAGCCUUGAUGCGUCAAUGGGGUUUGAAUGAGGAGGCUUUUCAUCAUUCUCCACCAAAAGAUUUUACUGGUUUUGGAAGUCCAAUUCCUUUGCCACCUGAAGAGCCUCCUAUAUUGCCUCCUCUUGAUGAUGGGUUGGGCCCUUUUCUUCAGACAAAAGACGGGGGUUUCCUACGCUCUAUGAAUCCCUCACUUUUCAAGAAUUCUAAAAGUGGUGGGAGUUUAAUCAUGCAGGUAUCCAACCCUGUCGUUGUACCAGCAGAAAUGGGUUCUGGGAUAAUGGAGGUUUUGCAGUGUUUGGCUUCAGUGGGAAUUGAGAAGCUCUCAAUGCAGGCUAAGGAGUUGAUGCCUCUAGAAGAUAUCACAGGGAAGACAAUGCAACAAGUAGCAUGGGAAGCCAUGCCUGUCUUAGAAGGAGCAGAGAGGCAAAGCCAUUUGCAGCACAAUCCAAUAACAAGGCAGGACAGUGCUCAUGUGCAAAGGGACUUGAAAGGAUCAGUACAAAAGUCUGGCAAGUUUAGUUCAAGAACAGUGGCCAACCAACCAGGAUCAGAGUUUGUUUCGGUUGAAGACCUUGCUCCAUUGGCUAUGGAUAAAAUUGAAGCACUUUCAAUGGAGGGUUUGAGAAUACAAUCUGGGAUGUCAGAAGAGGAGGCACCAUCAAACAUCAUUGCACAGUCCAUUGGGGAUAUUUCGGCUCUGCAGGGCAAGGGUGUUGAUAUUAGUGGGUCCCUUGGCCUGGAUGGAGCUGCUGGUUUGCAGUUGAUGGAUGUAAAAGAUGGCGGUGACGGUGGUGACGGUGUGGAUGGGAUAAUGGGCCUAUCAUUAACUCUUGAUGAAUGGAUGAGGCUGGAUUCCGGUGAGAUUGAUGAUAUAGAUAAUAUCAGUGAGCAUACUUCCAAACUUCUUGCAGCCCAUCAUGCCAACUCUUUUGACUUCAUUCGUGGGAGUUCCAAGGGAGAGAAGAGACGAGGCAAAAGCAGAAGAUGUGGUUUGCUAGGAAACAAUUUCACAGUAGCAUUAAUGGUGCAACUCCGUGACCCUCUGAGAAAUUACGAACCGGUUGGAACACCAAUGCUUGCUCUUAUACAAGUUGAGAGAGAGUUCAUGCUUCCAAAGCAAAAGAUUUUCAACAGUGUCUCUUUGAUGAUGAAAAACAAUGACGUGGAUGAUGAUGAUAGGGAAAUCCUUGCGAAGGUGGACAUGAAGGACACCAAGAACGAGGAGAAUAGUUCCGAAGAGGAAGAGGGCAUUCCUCAGUUCAGAAUCACAGAAGUCCAUGUGGCAGGUCUGAAGCCUGAGCCUCAGAAAACGAAGCUCUGGGGCACUUCAAAUCAGCAACAAUCUGGUUCUCGCUGGUUGCUUGCAAAUGGAAUGGGGAAGAACAAUAAUAACAAACUUCCAUUGAUGAAGUCAAAGGGUUCAUCUAAAUCUAAUGCUCCAGUUACCUCAAAGGUGCAACCUGGUGACUCCUUGUGGAGCAUAUCAUCUCGUCUUUUUGGCAAUCGAGGGAAAUCACAUGUAAGAAACCCGGAUGUCGUUAUGCCAAAUGACACUAUAAGACUCAGCUGAAGUCCACAACUUAGAUUCUUGUUGUCUUUCGGAGUUGUUAAUGUCAUUCAAGGCAUCUGUUUCUGAAUGCCUUGUCACUCAGGUACCUGUGCUAAGGGCAUUGUUUGGUUUUGUUAUAGUAGCAUCAACGAAAUUGGACUCAUCCUUUAAUAAUUGCAAAGUACUACGAGAUACAUAGAAAAUAUGAGGGAUUUUGUGUAUUUUGCUGUAGGCACAGUUUCCUAUUGUAAAGUCAAUUGUAACUUGUGCAUGCAUCUGCUGUAUUUAUGUCUUCAGGAAGCAGUGUUUGUAUGUUACAUGGGGUAAAUUAUAUUGCAGUCCACAAUUAGAUG